CUAGCUAUGUUGUCAAGUUUAUUUAUUCUGGUGAAGCAGCGACAGUUCCAUUGUUGCAUAAUUGGUCGUUUGUUGACCUAUGCAAUUCCAUACGCUCUCGUUUUCCGGAUUUGAUUCAAGGCAAUUUCAUGUUGAGAAGAGUAAGAUGAUGGGAUCCAAGGUUGUCAAGUCUAUUGUGCUUGAUAAGAUUCGUGCCAAUCCAAACAAAAAGCCAAUUGAUAUAGCUGAUGAGAUCAAGAGUGAUUAUGGUUUGGAUGUUGCUUAUCGUACAGUUUGGUAUGGUACAGAGUUGGCAAAAACAGCCCUACAUGGUGAUGAAGCUGAGUCUUAUGCUCAGCUACUUUGGUUCAGUGAGUCUGUUAUGAAGUCAAACCCCGACUCUAGGAUAGUGGUUGAGUUUCAUCGAGAAACACACAGGUUUUCAAUCUUGUAG